UUCUUAAAACCCUAUUUGUUAAAACUUGAUGACGAUCUUGGUGGUUACUAAUAAUUACUAAACAAGUGAUGCUGAUAUCAUCCUGCAAAACAAUCUGAAUUAGUACAACGUCAGACUCUUAGUUGAAGCAGCAAUAUUAUUUGCAAUGCUAACUUUUGUGGUGAAAUUUUCUUACAAAAAAGGAAAAAAAAAGAAAAGAAAAGAAAUUGCUUAAAUACAAUGUUUGACCCAGAAAAAGGCUUUGAUUGAGCAAUAAUCCAUUUAAGUACUGUAAUCAUUCACCGCCCAAAUCUGUACCACCACUAGCUUAUACGUUCAGGCCCCAUCCAAUGAAAACCUUUCCCCUUCCAGGCAGGGCACAUAGUUUUCAACAGAGUCAUGAUCGCGUACAUUUCGUCCAUGAAAAACAGGAUUCUGAUAUGCUCUAACAAUAUAGAGAGAGAGAAGAUUCUUCGAAGUUGUAAUUAAUAUUAAUUAUAAUUUAUUGCAAUUUUUCUUAAAAAAAAUUGGUGAGCUGAUACGAGAGAACUGUGAGAAAAAGUGCCACGUGAGCACCUGUAAUGCUGAUUCAUCACAAGCAUCUAGACUUCCAACCUCAAAUAUUGUCAGGAAUGCAAGUUGCAACUCCACGAGAACAAAACAACAAAACUACAUAUUUCUUCUACUAGCUAGCGGAGAAUCCAACAAACACCCCCUCUCUCUUUCUCUCUCUUCUCUUUCUAAAUUCAAACGAUUCUUUCUCAUCUAACAGGAACCCCAUGGCAUCAUUUCACGCAUCAGAACUGGACUCCGUCGCCACUGACUCUGUCGCAUCGUCACCUCGAUCUGAUAACUUUGGUCCUCAUGAUACUCGUGUCCGAUUCAUGUGUAGCUUCGGUGGCAAGAUUCUUCCUCGUCCUCAUGACAACCAGCUUCGCUAUGUUGGUGGCGAUACUCGCAUAGUCGCCGUCCAUCGCUCCACCACAUACUCCGCUCUCCUGACUAAACUCUCCAAACUAUCAGGUAUCCCUAACGUGACUGUCAAGUAUCAGUUACCCAAUGAAGAUCUUGAUGCUUUAAUAUCGGUUACUACUGACGAGGAUGUAGAAAACAUGAUCGAAGAAUACGAUCGUGUUUCUUUAAAUCAGAAUCCACGCUCGGCUCGGCUCAGGCUCUUUCUUUUUCCUAAGGGGGAAGAUUCAAGAGCAAGUAGCAUUAGCUCACUUCUUGAUGGCUCAACUAACAGAGAGCACUGGUUCUUAGAUGCUCUUAACUCGGGUUCCAGGCUCGAACGAGGACGAUCUGAAGCCUCUUCCAUCGUUUCUGAAGUUCCUGAUUAUCUAUUCGGAUUGGAUAUUGCUGAUGACACUCGAGAGCCUAAACUCAAGACUCGCCACUUUAUACAUGAUAAUGUGUCAGCUUCGGAUCCAGGUUCUCCUGCUCCCGUUGUUUCUUCGCCUUAUUGCUCUACUUCAUCAGCUGUGCCCGCUAUUCCUGAUCUUCCACCAGUCAAGACCAAGAUUGAUAACCCGGAUCCAAUCCCACAACCAAAGCAAAUUCCUCUCGAAACCUCUUCAGAGCCAAUUGAACAACCUGUAACACAGCCAACUAGCUAUCCGGGUAAUCCUGUUAUGCAUUAUAUUCCAAAUCCUCAUUAUCCGGGUCAUACUGUACAACAGAUACCGGUUUAUUAUGUACCGGGUUCGGUUCCUCCACCGGGUAACGUUCCGGUUCAUAUCCGACCUCAGUAUGUUCAGCAAUACCCAGUAUCGACAGGUCAAAUGCCCAUUGGGUACCACCCACAGCUUCCAGGUAUGGGUCAAAUAUAUGGUGGGGCAGGUAUGAGGCCCAUGACUGCUGGAAUGGACCCGUACGAUGGUGGAAGAGUGGUUUCUGAUGGGGUGAAUCAACAGGUUUACUACGGAGUUAGAAAUAUGGUACCGGGCUAUCCGGGUAUGGCGAUGCCGGGUGGGGAAGAGUUGCAGAGAACUGCCUCGGAUACAAAGCAGGGCCGGGUGUCCCAGUCUACUUGAUUAUACAUGCAGUAAUAUGGUGUUAUGGUCAGUUUAAAGUUGUUUAAAGCUUCUGUGCUUGUUGAUUACGUGCUAAAAUCAUGGGCUUGUAAUUAUUAUUUUAUUUUUGUGGCAUUUUAAGUUUUGGGUGGUGAAACAAAAGGAUUGAUUUUGAAAGAAUUGUGUACAUAAAACUUAAAUCUGCUGCUACUAAAGAUCCUUCCUAGUUGCUUCCUUCUAUGAAUAUAAUCCCUAUUCCUCUA